CAAAUACCACAUCUACUAAUCAACACCUCUUUUUCUCUCUCUAUUAGUAUAUGUGUAUGGGGUCUGGUUAUUCUGGAAUGGGCUGCAGCAGUGAGGGGGAGGGGGAGAAGGGUCUCGGGGAGCUGCCGGAGAGCUGUAUAGCUUGGGUUCUGUCGUAUCUCAAGACAUCGGAGAUCUGCAGACUCGCACGUGUGAACACAACUUUCUACAGAGCUUCUUUGUCUGAUAGUUUAUGGGAAUCAAAAUUGCCUGAAAAUCAUGAGAUUCUUCUAAGGAAGGUGUUUGGAGGCGACCCUUCGUUUUCGACCAAGAAGGACAUCUAUGCAACCCUCUCCACGCCCUUCCGCUUCGCCUCUCACACUAAGGAGGUUUGGUUGGAUAAAAGGAGGGGAGGAAUUUGUGCGGCUAUUUCAUGGAAAGCAUUGAAAAUUACAGGCGUAGAUGAUCGCAGAUACUGGACCCACAUCUCUACUAAUGAAUCAAGGUUUGGCACAAUUGCUUAUCUCCAUCAAACAUGGUGGCUAGAAAUAGGAGGCAGCUUGGAGUUCGAAUUCCCCGUCGGCAUCUACAGCCUCUUCUUCCGGCUGCGCCUCGGCCGCCCCUCCAACAGUGGACGAGUCCCUGAAAAGAUUCACGGCUGGGAUGUUAAGCCAAUCACCUUCCAAUUAGAAUCAUCGAGUUCCCGCCAUACAAAAUCCGAGCUCUUCUUCAACCAACAACCCAAAUUCGAAUGGUUGUACCAUCACGUCGGAGAUUUUUCGGUCGAGGAUUCUAAAAUUCCGACGUCGCUCAGCUUCUCUAUGACUCAGAUUGACUGUACACACACUAAAGGUGGGCUCUGUGUGGAUUCAGUGUAUGUAUUUCCUUCUACUGGACGACCAUAUCCACUCACAUCAUGAAGGGAGACAAGUAGUAGCGGCACGAGAAUUUAUAAAAAUUAAUUUUAUGUGGUGCGUGGAGAGAAUAAAUGUGUUCUUAUUUUUAGUAAUGAGACGUCUUGGUUGGGAUAAACCGAAAAGGAAAUUGGAUCAUCUUCUAUGGGACGGAGUGAGUAGGAUAGUAGUAGUAUUUUAUAAUUUGGACUUUGGAGGUAUGGGGGAAAUUGACGACAUUCUUGAUACACGCCUACGGCUUAAAUUGCCAAGAUUAUGUUUGUUGAAAGUUGAAACACAUUAAUUGUUGGAAUUUUCAUAGUUUCUGACUAAUUUUAAAAAACA